AAUUAAGCCUCGCUCGGAGUGGAAGUGCGCCGGGCCCGUCCGAGUCGACCAGUGCGUGUAACAGAGGUACCUACCUACAGUCGGGAAGCCGUGUAAGGGGCUCAACGUAACUAUAUCGUUUAUUGAUGGACAGGAAAUUGGUUCCAGGACCGGGCAAGAUGGCGACAAAGAAAGCUCCUGAACCGAAGUCUUUUCCCGAACCGAAGUCUUCGACGAGCACUGCUGAUGCUACUGAGUCAACCCCGCUUGUCUCCAAGAAUGGACCAGAGGAUCCAACGGGCCGCGAAGAGGGCGGAGGCCUAUCCAUGAAGCAGACUGUCCUUCUGAUAGCCGGCGAGAUGGCGGGCAGCGGAGUGCUGGCUCUACCGAGAGCGCUCGCUAGAACUGGAUGGUUCGGUGUCCCGGUGAUCAUCCUGAUGUGCGUGAUCGCGGCGUUCAGCGGCAAGAGGCUCGGCGACUGUUGGACCAUGAUCGAGGCUCGCGACCCCAAGAUGAGGAGCAGGCAGCGAAACCCAUAUGCUAUUAUCGCCGAACAGUCAUUAGGAAAAACUUGGAGUGUGGUGGUGUCAUGCGCCAUGAUGGUGACGCUGUUCGGCGCGUCGGUGGUGUACCUGCUGCUGGCGGCGCAGAUCAUCGAGCACGUGUUCCUGGCGCUGCUGCCCACCAUGACCAUCUGCGUGUGGUACCUCAUCGUGGCCGGCGCCAUGACGCCGCUGCUCCUCUUCGCCACGCCCAAGGACUUUUAUUUUACGGGUGUGAUUGCCUUCGGGUCCACGGUGGUGGCCUGCGUGCUGUACUUCAUCCAAAUGAUGAACGAUGUGAGGCCCUUCGUCUUCCGCUACGGCCUCCACGGAUUCCAAGAGUUCUUUCUGGCUCUUGGGACUAUCAUGUUCGCUUUUGGCGGAGCCUCUACUUUCCCUACCAUACAAAAUGACAUGGCUGAUAGAUCGAAGUUCAGUAAGACUAUCCAGUACAGUUUCGGAGCAAUCUUGCUGCUGUACCUGCCCAUCGCCAUCGCCGGGUACGCGGUGUACGGCGAGGCCGUGUCGCCCAACAUCGUGACGUCGCUGUCGUCGACGCCGCUCACCCUCGUCGCCAACGUUCUCAUGGCCAUCCACCUCGUGUUCGCGUUCAUUAUCAUCAUCAACCCCGUCUGCCAGGAGGUCGAGGAGCUGUACGAGGUACCUAGAGAUUCCGUCGGCUGGCGCAUGAUAGUGCGGCUGUCGAUCAUGGGCGCGAUCCUGUUCAUCGGCGAGAGCGUGCCGCGGUUCUACACGAUCCUGGCGCUGGUGGGCGGCACCAGCGUGGCGCUGCUCACGUUCAUCCUGCCCGCCUACUGCUACCUUAAGCUCGUGGAGCAGGCGCCGCCGGACCAGCCCGUCAGCCAGCCGGGCUGGAUGAAGAUGGCGUGUUGGCAGGUGAUCGCUGUGGGCGCGGUGGGCGGCGUCAUCGCCACCUACAGCGCUGUCAGCGCCAUCUUCAGCACGGCGCAGGCCACGCCGUGCUAUCUACGAUAAACGCCUACCUUUGCACCCUUUGAACCUCAACAAAUGCCUAAUAGCUCAUCUAUACCACGUGGUAACUUGCGGCAUGUGCUCCUUUGACUGAUUCGUUGUACCUCAUGUAAGUAGGUACAUGGCGAUGUAACAAAAAUCGCCUGCGAUUACUUACAUCGCUCAUCUCAGCCUUAUAGACAUCAUGAGCUAUCCUGGCUAAAAGGUUUACCUAUGUAACUUAAAAUGCCUCCGCAAAAUUUUGCUUCUGCCUAAAAAACAAAAAUGCCAAUCAAAGUAACACACCUACGUCACAGAGCACGAUACUUACACGUUUAUAAUUUAAUGCAUCUGAAGAUAUUUUGUACAUAAUGCGAUCAAUCAGAGAUAAGUAUUUAAAGACGGCGUUGCAUCGUGUUAAGCGGUUCAAAGGGGGUUUUUAGCAUUGUGACAUUUGUUACAUUAAUUGCGACUUAGCAGAUGAUAAAUUUGUAGCUCGUAUACUUACUUAUAAUCGUAUAGGUAUUGUAAUUUAAAAAUUCGAGAGGGUAAGCUGAGGUAUGAUUCCUAUCCACCAGGAGAUUGAAGUUACUGAGACUUGUUUUAUUUUAUUAAAAUUGAAUCUUACCAUAUCAUCAGCCAAUUGUAACCCGUUGCCUAUUGAACCUUUUCUUUUGAUUAAUAUUAUGUAUGUGCUAACAAGUAUUUGUACGCGCCAUCAG